ACACUUCAAGUGCUGCACGAGAGAGACGGAGCGCGCGCUCUAAUCCACCGCCAGCUGCAGUUGGAAAGAAGAGCCGCUCGAGGUCGCCACAGCUGAGGAGAGCCAGGGAGUCACAUUCUCUUCUAUAACUGGCUGUGGGAAGGUGUCUCGGUAUGUUAGGUAGCCUAAGCUAUACGGAAGUGUGAUAACAGCGCGUGUGGCUGUGUGUAAAUGAUAGGAGGUCUGUUGUCAACGACAGACUCUCCUCGCAACUGGUCCCCCAACAUGGCACCAAAAGACCCUCUACUCUGCACUCUCAAAGUGUGUGUCUUAAACCUGCAGUCAGAUGGAGAGAUGGUGACAGACACCAACCCUCACCUCGCCUCAUGCUGUGAGCUUCUUGAGCUGGUCCUCAGGAAGGGGCUCCAACAGCCAAUUCUCAGUCUGGUACACAGAGACUACUGGCAGUGUUUUGAACAGCUUACCCACCAAGAUACCUGUGGCAGGCUGUCUGCUCUGUCCUUGGUGGUGGAGCAGACCAGAGUUUGCAGGAAGCUGCUCUCAGCUCAGGGCCGGGGCCGCUACCUGCUUAGACUGGCCCUUAGCCGCAAGGCUCUGCCACAGUUCAUCACACACCUGCUGCACACACCCAGAGUCCUGGAGUGGUACAGUCCGGCAAUGUCAAUCCUCAGGAAUGAGUUGUUUGUGGAGCCUUUCAUGUCGCUGCUGCUGGUCCUCUCUCACAUGGAGUUUAAACUGGACAUGGAGAAUUGCAGUUUUCUGGAUGAGAGCUGGCUACUACCGGUGUGUGAGACAUAUGAAGUAGUGCCCUGUCGGGAGGUGGGGAUGGUGUUGAGGUAUCUCAGUGGGCGUGUCUUUGUCCUCGAGCUGAUCCCUGGUAGUCAGGCUCAUGUGGACAAGUUUAUCUGUCCUGGUGACAUUAUUGAUGUGAUCAACGGGACCUCGCUGAGGAAUUCCAAGAAUGGACAGGCAGGUGUGGUUCUGUCUCGGCUGAAGGGCUGCCCUCUAUCCAUUGGCGUUCUGCGAUGGAGGGCUCAGGAUGGAACAGUGUAUCGGCCCCUUAUCAAACUCCUACAGGCCCUGAGGAUGGAGAACCCAACACUGCAGCUCGGUCCUGCUCCCUCCCAGCAGUCAGACACCAAGGACCAGGACACCUCCCCGUCACAGUGUCUCAGAGAGGGGAGGAUUGUGUACAUUGUGCAGUUCAUGGGAAAAGCAAACAUUGGAAUGUUUGGCGACAAGGAGGUGCUGCAGCACGCCAUUCCACAAGUGUUGCAGAAAAACCUGCCUAGCAAGGAAGUGCUUUUAGACAUGAAGGAAACACAUUUGACAUGCACAGACAGAAACAGUAAACUGGAGCUGUUUGAGCAUCACUAUCCAGAGAUUUCAUGUGUGGGAAGAUUCAGUCAACCAGACUACACAGUAUUUGCAUUCUGUGUGGCAGACUCCCUAGAAACCCCACAGCCAGCAGGCUUCUGCUGCGUGGUGCUCAGAGCCAACACCAUCAAGGAGUGUGAGGAGAUUGUCUGCCGUAUUGCUACUGGUUUCAAGCAUACCGAGUGGUUUGUAUGACUGAAACUCUGUUAUGUUGUAAAUAAAUGUAAGAUGUGUAGAGACCAUAAA